CUCGGCGAAAGGCAUUGUGGGUAAACAAAAAUGUUGCUAGGAGACUGAAGGCGGGCUUGGGGAGAUGCGCCUUUUCUUCCAGGGUUGCGAGACUCCUGCGAAGUAACGUGACUCGAGUCAAGUGGGCGGUCUUUUGAGUUCAAAAUUCUUUGUGUACAUUUUCCGAAAACGUUUUUAGCAUUCUGCGCAUCUAUCGUUAGUGAUUUAACUGGCGUAAGAUUGUGUCAUUGGAGAUACGCAUGCAUGUAGGGACAUUUUGCAACGGCCUUGAUGACUCGUCGUGAUGCCUUAAGCUAACUAGAACAUUUAGUGGGCCAAUGAUGAGCCCCAAUGGAAUCAAGCGGUCAGUUCUGCAGGUGGUCUUUUCUGAUUGCCAGACUGGCCUUGGUGUGAAAAUCACAGGAGGCUCUCGGAAAAUCUCUGGAAAAGAAUAUGGCAUCUAUAUAAAGCGAAUUCUGCCUGGAGGGAUGGCUGCAGUAGAUGGACGAUUACAAACUGGUGACCUAAUUUUGGAGGUUAAUAAUGAGAGCCUGCGUGGUGUCACCAAUGAAAGAGCAGUUGAAAUCUUGCGGACUGCUUCUGCCUCCAAUCACUUGUCACUCCUGAUUACAAGAGACGAAGAAUCCAAAAGGGAAUACAUGGAGCUGUUCAAGUGUAGCCCGAAUACAAAUUCAGAGCGCCUCUCUCCUACUCCUCCAAUGCCUGAUUCCUCUUCAAGAUCUUCAAGUCCUCAACUACAAAAUCCCAAAGAUUUUAAUGGAUUUAUUGAUGGUGCUGUUCAGCUGAUUUGCAUUUCCAGUGGAACAGGACUGGGCCUCCGCAUUAUAGGAGGAACCAACAGGCCUGAAGGCCCAAUGGUGUUCAUUCAGGAAAUUAUACCUGGUGGAGACUGUCACAAGGAUGGGCGCCUUCAACCUGGGGACCAACUUGUUUCUAUAAAUAAGGAGUCCUUAAUUGGUAUCACUCAUGAGGAAGCAAAAGGCAUCUUGACUAGGACAAAGUUACGGUACUUUCCUCUGUGUAGCGUAGUAUUUUAUACUAGGGAAAAAAAUGGGAACCUUUUAUUUUUAUUGGGAGCAGUUGAAAUCUUGCGGACUGCUUCUGCCUCCAAUCACUUGUCACUCCUGAUUACAAGAGACGAAGAAUCCAAAAGGGAAUACAUGGAGCUGUUCAAGUGUAGCCCGAAUACAAAUUCAGAGCGCCUCUCUCCUACUCCUCCAAUGCCUGAUUCCUCUUCAAGAUCUUCAAGUCCUCAACUACAAAAUCCCAAAGAUUUUAAUGGAUUUAUUGAUGGUGCUGUUCAGCUGAUUUGCAUUUCCAGUGGAACAGGACUGGGCCUCCGCAUUAUAGGAGGAACCAACAGGCCUGAAGGCCCAAUGGUGUUCAUUCAGGAAAUUAUACCUGGUGGAGACUGUCACAAGGAUGGGCGCCUUCAACCUGGGGACCAACUUGUUUCUAUAAAUAAGGAGUCCUUAAUUGGUAUCACUCAUGAGGAAGCAAAAGGCAUCUUGACUAGGACAAAGUUACGGCUUGAAUCGACCAUGGAAAUUGCCUUCAUUAGAACAAGAACGGCUAGCUCCAGCAGCUUACCCAGCUCUCUUAUUGGUAUGCCUUUAGCUAGCAGCGUUGAUGAAGUCAUGAAGCCUUCUGGAUUUUACUCUCUCUCUUCUGCAGCAUGGGUGGGAGCAUGUGCUGACAGCCUUGUCCCUAAACUAACCUCGACUCCUAAUUCUGAGAGUGACACAUCCUCAUCAGGAAAACUUCACAAAGUAUUAUCUAAGAAGUUCUCUUCUGAAAGUCAUCUCUCUGAGUUUCCCAGUUCAGCAUCUGCUUAUGGGACCAAGAGCUGCUCCUCCCAUGGAGAGGCUACCAUCAAAGCAUCUGCUCGUCUAAAACUUCAUAAGCUGCAGAAGGCUUUGAAGUAUCUUGGCAUAAAUCCCACUGAAGAGCAGCAGAGGACACUCCGGAAGCAGCUGAAGACAGAUUCUAAAGGGACUGUAUCUUACUCAGAUUUUGUUCAGAUUGCCACAGAUCUGUUUAAGUUGCAGGUUGAUGAAUUUGGAAUUGGACAAGGGCUUUUAACUGCGGGUCUUACAGAUAUUUUGGAACCAAUAGAUGAAAGUAAGUGUAUUUGUUUGGAUUCUGGAGAACUUGUAGAAACAGAGCAACUACUUCAAAUGGCAGCUUUACAGGAGGUGAAGCAGCUACAGGCACAGCUCAUUGAAUCUGAAACCAUGUGUUCUCAGCUACAAGAGGAACUUAAGAAGACUAAACAGGAAACAAAGGCUGCGGUGGAAGAAGCUAGGGCUCUGCGGAGUAGGAUCCAUCUCGCAGAGGCAGCUCAGAAGCAGGCACGAGGAAUGGAGAUGGACUAUGAAGAGAUCAUUCACCUUUUGGAGGCUGAGAUUUCUGAACUGAAAUUACAGCUGGCUGAUCAGCCAAGUCAUAUCAAAGAGGAGCUACAGGAUUUGAAAAAAAGAGUGGCAGUUCUGGAGUGCCAGCUUCGUAAAUCUGAGGUCACAAAGAAGGCUUAUGAGGUCUCUACAGAAAAAUUGCUGAAAUUUAUUGAGGUUGUUCACGAGACUUUAAUGGACAGUCCAUCCACCCUUACAAACCCAAGCUCAGGAAGUGACCGUAAACUGGGCAUCUCCUGUCACACACUUGCAGUACAGCUGGGACGAAGGAGACCCCAUUCAGGAGCUGCUUUAGCCACAGAAGCAAGAGAUCUUAGCCAGUCUAUCCGAUCCAUCCUGGAAGUAGAGUGUCUCCCAUAUGGAUGGGAAGAGGCUUACACAGCAGAUGGGAUCAAGUAUUUUAUCAACCAUGUGACUCAGACAACCUCGUGGACUCAUCCAGUGACCAGUACACUCACCUUGCCAUACUCAGACAAAGAAGAAAGUACAAGAGGACAAUGUGAAAAUCAGAACUGACUGUUGACAUGAGCAUUGUACUCCAAGACCCGACUGUGGACAUAAAUACUUUGCUACGGGAUCUCUUGAAAUAAACCUAUACAUUUCUUUCUUUUUUAAUAUUUCAGUGAGUUCCUCUAUCCCUGAAGAAAUUGUUAGAACUUCUAUGGCUGUCAGUUUUUCAGUUCUAUGCUGUUAUAGAUACUGUGUGAAUCACAGAGGGCAGUACUUCAAAGUUCCUUGCACAGUUACUUCAUAAAAUAAGUGGCACAUUUCUGGUUUUCACAUGAGACUGAAGGAGAGGAUGGCACAUCAGGUCUGUUCAGCCUUCUAAACAAUGAUGCAGUUCUCCUAAAAUCUUCAGUUCUUAUCUGAAUGGAGUUGUGCUCCGAGAGUGAUAACCACUUUUAUAUUCUGUGUUGACAAGAGUUUGACCUACAAGCCAAUCGAACACUUCAGUGACAAUAUUUCACUAUUGCCUUCAAGUGAAGUGGACAUAACCAAAUCUCCACACUGGGAUUCCUGUGAAAAUACAUGUUUCUAAGAAAGGAAAACAAAAUUCAGAUCCAAAGACAGAGGCUAGCCUGGUAUCUAAACCUGACAUUUCAGAUCUUUCCAGAUAACUGAGCAGUCUGAGAGAAAACAACAUAAGAGACUCAUGGUGUUGUAAAUGCAUCAUGUACUAAAUGACUACAGGAAGCUGGGGGAUUUGGAUUAGACAGUGGAAAUAUAUUUACACCAAAUGGGUUGCUGUGAACCAUGACAUAAAGCAGUUUUUCUUCUUACUGGCUGCUUAUAUACAGAAGAAGACAUUUACUCUUGAAGCAUGAUAUAGACAAAAUAAUCUCUUUGACCUAUGUGCAAGGUAGUAGUAAGCAAAACAGCUCAGAGAAGCAACUCUCAUCUUCAAGCCAAAGAAUGAGAGAAAGAAAAAGGCUUGAGUUCAGUUUAAACAUUUAGUUGGCACGAAGACGGGCAUUGUCCAUCUUUGAAAUAUACAGUAAAGUGAACAUUUUGUUUUGUCUUUUAUGAGAUUAGAGGACAUUCUAUAUUUGUUACCCUUUGUCUGCAGAAAUGUGAACUGACUUGUGCCUUUCUGACUAACUGCCCUACAAUUAUAUACCAAACAUCUUUUCUCAAGAGGAAGUUUUGCCUUGAGCUGUCUGUCCUGCUGGGUAUGCAGCAGGCAAAGUGGAGAAGGACUGUUGUUGAGUGACAGUUUGGAAAGUGAGAAUAUCAUGUGAUAUGUUACUGAAUUGCUACACUUGACCACAACUCAAAAGUACAAGAUUUACAUAUGAUAGAUUAAAUGUUAGAUACACUACAGUCUGAGACAACAGGGCUGCUGGCAUUUCUAUAGGUGCAGUGUUUAUUUUGUUGUACGCAUACAUGUAAAUAUCAACUGUGUGUAUCUGCAUCAUGUCGCUGCAUAUGUUACACUAGUAUAUUAAAUCUCUUUAGUGUUCAUGGGUGUCUUAGCCCUCAGUGGCCUCUCAGGCUCAGUGAAGAUUAUCAUGUGAGACCUUUCCCUAUGUGGCGCAGAAUAACACGUACAGUAUAAUUAAAAUCCUCGUUAGAGUUGUUGCCUUAUCAGCCUAAAAUUCCACUGUUCCUGCUCGUUAUUUGUUUGUUUUCUAGGUCAUCCUUAUUUUCAAAUAUAUAUUUUGUUACAUUUUGUCAUAGUGUGCAACACUAGACUUUACAGAACAAUGCAAAUUAUUGGUUAGAUUCCAUUGCCUUUCAAGAUUUUGUUCUGUCUGAAUGUACUCCGAUGCUCUGGCCCUUCCCUGAAUUUGGACUACUAAAUUAGGACUGAAUAUCCGAUCCCCUCUCCAAGAAGAGGUGUCAUGGAGAUCUAAGACAAGCUGUGAAGCCCCUUCACUUGGGAAGCUUUCAUUCGCUUCAGCAAUCUGACUGCCCUCAAGGUUUUAGUUGUAUGCAAAUUUGUCAGUCCAUUACCAAGCAGCAGGAUGAACAGUAGUCAUCAGCAUUUAACUGGGAAUAUACAUCUGGUUGUUGGUGUAAACCUUGUGUAUCAUGCUUACCAUUUUCCUCUGCCCCCAUUCUGCUUUAGAUAAUAGCAUUAUCUCUUCAUCUGCGGUCAGAUCUUGCCUGUUGAUGACAUGAAAGGCUGUCCCCCCUGAGUAAUGGCUGGCUGUUUGACAAAGAUACAGCAAGUUCUGCAAAUUGAAUAAUGUUAUCUUUUCUUUUCACUCAGAGCUGACUUUUUCCUAAAUUGAAACCUGUUUAGUGUAACACUUGUAUUUAUUCCAUGACAGAGUCUUGUUUACCCCCUUCCUGCUCUACAAAGCUGUGUCCAUAAGUGGUUUAUAAAUAAACACCUGACAGUUGUUUUCUGACAAGUGUUACACAUACAA